GGAAGAUGUCGUGACGCGAGGUCGGCGGGGCCUGUGGCGGAGAGAGCGACCGGGCUCGGCUGCCGAGCUUGUAUGCCCCGUCCCGCGGCGGCCGCCCACCCCUCCUGCUCCAUGUGGGGCCCGGGCUCGGCUGUCGGCCUCUCCUCCUCCUGUUCCUACUCCUUCUUCUACUAUGUCCCGGAAAACAGUUAGCAGGAAGCGGAAAGCGGCGGCUGCCGCUGCCGCAGGGCCCGGGGGGCUCCAAGGGGAGCCGUAUGGGUGGGAUCACUCAGAUCACAAAAGGAAAAGGCUCGCCCCAGUGAAAAGGUCUCUGGUGUACUACCUGAAAGGUAGAGAGGUCAGGAUGCAGAAUGAGUCCAGCUAUCACCGCUUGUUGCACGGAUAUGCAGCCCAGCAGCUUCCCAGCCUCCUGAAGGAGAGAGAAUUUCACCUCGGAACCCUUAACAAAGUGUUUGCCUCCCAGUGGCUGAACCAUCGACAAGUGGUGUGUGGGACAAAAUGCAACACAUUAUUUGUAGUAGAUGUCCAGACUGGUCAAAUUACCAAGAUUCCUAUUCUGAAAGAUCGUGAACCCGGCAUGGUGAACCAGCAGGGAUGUGGUAUUCAUGCCAUUGAGCUCAACCCCUCCAGGACCCUUUUAGCCACCGGUGGAGACAAUCCCAACAGUCUUGCAGUUUAUCGUCUGCCUACACUCGAUCCUGUCUGUGUGGGAGAUGAUGGACAUAAGGACUGGAUAUUUUCAAUUGCAUGGAUCAGUGAUACUAUGGCCGUUUCUGGUUCCCGGGAUGGUUCGAUGGGUCUCUGGGAAGUCACAGAGGAUGUGUUGUCGAAGAGUGACGCCAGACAUAAUCUCUCACAAGUUCCUGUGUAUGCCCACAUAACACACAGGGCUCUGAAGGAUAUUCCAAAGGAGAACACCAAUCCAGACAACUGCAAAGUCCGAGCACUGGCUUUCAACAAUAAGAACAAGGAGCUGGGAGCUGUGUCCCUGGAUGGGUAUUUUCAUCUCUGGAAAGCAGAGCACACACUAUCAAAGUUACUUUCCACGAAGUUGCCAUACUGCAGGGAGAACGUGUGUUUGGCUUACGGACAGGAGUGGUCAGUGUAUGCAGUAGGAUCACAGGCACAUGUCUCAUUUCUGGAUCCCAGGCAGCCUUCUCACAGUGUUAAAUCCGUUUGCUCCAAAGAACGAGGCAGCGGUAUUCGAUCGGUGAGCUUCUACGAGCACAUCAUCACAGUGGGAACGGGGCAAGGUUCCCUGUUGUUCUACGAUAUCAGAGCCCAGAGGUUCUUGGAUGAAAAGCCUUCACGUGGCUGUCAUGGGCAGAAGCAGAAAUUAGGAGGAGGUGAAAUUUUGAAGUUAACUACUGGGAAAGGCUGGCUGAAUCAUGAUGAAACCUGGAGGAAUUAUUUUUCAGACAUAAAUUUCUUCCCAAAUGCUGUUUACACCCACUGCUACGACUCGUCUGGAACAAAACUCUUUGUGGCAGGAGGCCCCCUUCCAUCAGGACUUCACGGGAAUUACGCUGGUCUCUGGAGCUAAUGAUAACUCCUUAUAAAUGCUGAUCUUUACACAGAUUUCCUCUUUUCUUAACAACAAAAAUGUGUGAUGCCAUUGGUUUCUGAUUUAAAUGCAAGUUAAUUUUUUGGCAGAGUUUUCUGUUGGUCUCCAACAGUUUUGUACAUGUUUUUGAACCAGUUUUUUGUUUAAACCUCCUUGAUCCUUUAUAUGAAGAGUUUUUGAAACCCCUUUUUAUUGUAUUUACUCCAAAUAACUCUUCCCCCCACAUUUAGGCUAUCUUGCCCAUGUGCCCUCUCCCCUACUUUGCUGUGAGGUAGGAUUCCUUUCUUAUAGUGUGGUUGCUCCUGGGCUUUCUGUGAAAGUCUAAGGGCUGCAUGUGUGCAGGUACUUUGUGUCAGUUACAUUACCUGGAGUGAGGACUACUUGUAAUUAAAAAGAUAUUAAAAAUAUUUAUAAGAGAUAAGCUGCUAUAUCUGCAGAGCCUGGCCCUGGCCUGGGUUGAUCUUAUUUUUUAGAAGUACAAGUCUAAUGACACUGUUUGUACAUAGAGGAAUAUGAUGAACUUAAGCUGAACUCAAUUGGAGCCCAGGGGCUGAUUCCACAGGGUUACUGCCCAUCAAGCCCAAACUGCAAAAGUGAAGAAGUUGCAAAACGUGCAUUUGUAUUUGAGUUGUAGUUCCAGCAGUGCCAGGAGCAAAAAUUGAUCUUCUCUUCUUUCUCUGCCUCUCCCAGGUAUCAGCUUGCACAUCUUGAGUUUGUGUAAUCUGUUCUGCAGGGUGAUGUUACAUUGAAGGCCUACAGAGGUGCUAAGAGGAAGUGAGGGCUAGGGAGUGUUCUUGUCAUUCAAAAUUAACUAAAUCUAUCCAUUUUCUGGAUGAGCCAAGGUUCCUGAGUAUGCUGCUGCAGUAGCUCACAGGUUUUUCAUAAAUUGGUUAAAAAACAAGAUUUUUCCCAUUUUAGCUGUUUUGGGUGGCCAUCUUGUCUGAUGAGCCAGUGGAAUAAAGUGGGUUUUGUUAUAAAGUUAAGAGUACCUCUUGGACUUCAGUAACACAAGCUAGAAGUUCUCCACGGAGCAAGGUAACUCACACUGCACUAGCAUCUGCUGUCAUCCUAUUAACUAUAGGAGAAGCUCAGUCUUGCCUCAGAUCCCCUGCUGUCUUCUGCAUUCAGACUCUCUGGAGCUUCGUGUAGGACCAGGUGGGGAGAAUAGGUCCAAUGUCCUUCAGGUCCAGAUGUGAAGCGUGUGCAUUACAGAGUGAUGAUCUCACCUAAUACUCAACUAAAAUGCAGGACAAGGGUGUUCCUCCUAGUUUGGUUUCUCCACUAAACUCUCAGCGUGUUAUUGAGUCUCUGUUCUCUGCUGGGAUGAAGGCCUUUCCACUGCCCCUGUCACCAGCAGAGCAGAGCGUGCCUGUGUCUGCCCUGCUUUGUGCCAAAUGGGAGGUUGGUUGAAGCUGAGAGAACAGACAGACAAGGCUGGGACAGUAUUCUGUUCCCCUGUCUCUACAGGACAUCACAGCCACCACUGCAGAGCUGCUCUAGUCCCUUGUGCAGUUCCUGCCAGACUGCCUGGAGCUAGCCUGCAUGUGUAACUUGCCAUCCCUCUUGUCUUUGUACUCAGUAUCAUCAUCAGUAACCCAAGCAAUGAGCCUCAGGCUUAAUUUCCAGUUGGCAGUGGAGACUUGUAUGAAGAUCCUACAAGGAAUGCAGUUCACUCCCAUCUGGGUGGAAACCCUGGCAAGAAAAGAGCUCUCCAUGAUGUGCAUCUGCCCCAGAAGUAUCACUUACUCCAUGCUGACAUGAGUGCUUCACAAACAAAUCUUCCUGCUGUGUUUCAUAAUUCUACUUCCCUUGUGGGUUGUGUGCUUAAACAAUCAGUUUGUGGUGCUCCGUGUAUGGCUCUUUAGGUUUCUCUCUGAAAAGGGGCAAAUUAUAUACCACAGGAUAACAAACGACCUCUCAAAUUUUAUUUAGAUGUUAUUGGUUUUUAAAGAUGUUGAUGUGCUAUGUUGUUCUGUGAUGGUGAUUUUGGUUAUUUUAGAGGUUUUGAGAAGUGGACGUAUACAGGGAAAACCAAAUCUUGGUGAAGUAUGGCAAGAUGUGCAUUUCUAGGUUACUCCUCCAGCUACUGUGUAAAAUCAGUAUGUCACAAGGAACGUGGCCUGCUUUUUGUUUGAUGGAGAGCUUGGUUUUUGGGUGUUGUUUUGUACAACAGGAACUGCACACUUGAAUGUACUUGUGCCUUCCAGUUCUUCUGAGAUAACAGUUACUAGUUGGGUGCUUAGUGUCACUAGUACUGUUUCUGCACUGAUCUGGAAGUCCUAGCCCUGAUGUCCAUCUAUUAAUUGAAGCAUAUUUGAGGUCUGGGUGAGGGGGAAAAAAGGGCAUUUGUAUGGACUGAGGCUUCCAGCCUCCAAACACAUAGACUAACCUUCCUGCAGAGACAAGAGAGUCUCUAGUUAGGGAAGAGGCACUCUUGGGAAGUGCUAACUCUUACCUCCCCUAGUACCCCAGUGUGUGGUCCUAAAGCCUGGUAGUGUGAGUGCCCUUUUUCUGUUUUUGGGUGUUGGUUUGCUUUUUGGUGUUUUUUUGGGGAAACUUCGGCCAAAUCUCAGAAGAAUCUGGACAAUGAUGUAAAAUUUCUCAAGUCUGACGUGCUCUGUGUUCUGCUUUCAGGGUGCUUUCUUGCAAAAGUGAUUUCUCAUGGGGAGGAAGCAAUCCCUGCUGCUGUAUGAAAAUCCCCUCCUCCCAAAAAAUGGAAACAAACUAGAUGGUGCUGCAAGGAUCCAAACAAAUUGGGCCAGGGACACUUAAUUUCUAGCCAGUUUCAGUGGGUUUCAAUGCUUGUAGCAAUACAGUCGUUAAGUUUCAGAACAUUUUGUGGCUGGUUGUAUGUCAGUCUCAGCCCAGUCAUUGUUAGAAACCAAGGCAGAGAAAGGCACUAGUAUGCCAACACUGGCCAAAGAUAAAUGAUAGGAAAUAAUAGGAGGAAAAGCCAGGUCUUCUUCCUUGGUGUGAUUUUUGUUGUUGUUGUUGCUCUGUUAGGUUAGAUAUCAGAAUUGAAAUCCACUGUCAUAGUGAGGAACUGUGCAGGGGUUUCCCGUUGAAGUGGAGGAGAACAGCAGGGACUCUGGGCUCCCAUAGAGGUGUGCGAUGCACCUCGAUGUUCAUAUGGAAGAUACAGCCCUGAGAUGGAUGGAGUUCAGUCUGAUGACUGUGCUUCAGUAGCUUCUUAAACAGCUCACCAUGCUCUGCUCAGACCCAGUGGCAUUUUCAGACUCUUACCUUUUCAGAUGUUGCUUCAUGAUUUCUCUCUUUUGCUCUUUCAUGCCUUCCUGAAUGGUCUGUUUGAGGUCAGCUCCUCCACCCCAAAUAAUCCCAGUCUUCUGUGUAGCAAUAUUGUGUUCACAGAGGUGACCUCAGUCAAGCAGAAAUUGGCUUGCUGGCAUGUUACUAAGCCAUGCCCAAGACCUUCAGCUUGUUUGAAACUUGGUGUAAGGCUGACUCAGAUAGUGGAACUGCACAGUUCUCUUGUACAUGUUUGACUGAUGGGAUUAGACACUAAUGGUCUGUUCCUGGGGUUUAUCUCUGGUCUAUCUCAUGUUAGGCACUUGGAGAAAAGAACUUUUAAUCAUAACAGACCUUAAACUUUCCUUCCUGCUCUUCACUUCUCAGUCAUGUUGGAUCUUUUGUGCUGCUGGUGAGUGUAGGAAGCAGUUAGUUUUACCGCUCAGCUCUUUUCAGUAACUACCAUGUUAAUUUUGGUAUUUGGGGUAUAACAUACCAGUAUUCAUAAUCACAGGUAACUAAACUAGUCAGUGAAUUAUGGGUUUGGUAAUACCCAGCUUGUAAGUACUAAGUAACACCCCUGCAGUACUACUGGGUGUUACUUGAUGGACAUUCACAAGGAAGCAGAAGCUACUUUCAGUUGUUGGCUUGAGCAUAGCACUGAGGGUGGUACUCACCCUUUUCACCAGACACCUUAUUCCUGAUAAUUCCUCUAGUUUUCUCCCUUGCACAGUCAAAUCAUUCAGGGAGAAUUGAUAGCGGUCUUUUCAGGUGGUUUUGGGGAUUGCAGUAAAGAAUUGAGCCCAUUUGUUUGGUUCCAUCAUCAGUGCUGCUGGUGUUAGUCCAAGAUGAGUAAAUUACCAAAGAAUAGUUAAUAGGUGUUUGUAGUCUCAGUUGUUCAUUUUCUGUGUAGCUCCAUUUUUAAGAUUCAUCACAAGAGUGACCAGUGAUCUUACUGUGCUUAGUCUGUCCACAAAGAUUACAUUCAUGUUGUGAGUGACUCUUGUGACCCCCACCCUGGGGGGGGCACACAGACACACUGUUGAAUUUCAUUAUGGGGAUAUAUUUGCUGCCUACGUUUCAAAUCUUUGGCAGAUUUUUGUGUCUUAAAGAUUAAGAUACUUAAUAACCAGAUAUUCUAAUACAGAUUUUCUUCCUUUUCCUUUAUCUGAGCACUUGCUUUGUAUAUAGUUUGCAGUUGCAGUGUUAACAGACUAAAGUUAUGAUCCAUCUAUGUUGAGUGGUGUUUUUUGUCUCAAUUUCUGCCCUUCAGCUGAAGGGCCCUUACUGAGCUCAUGAACUGAUGUCUCUUGCCUGAUGCAGAUGUGAAAUAAAGCAGGUUUGCCUAGACCCUUCAUGGAGGUCACCUCUUUUGUUUGCUUGCAAGAAGCAGUAACAAAUGGGCUGCUGAUUGUUGCAGCCAUGUGGGAGCUCUGAGGUCUGUUGGUGGUGGUCUCGUGCCCUUAUUUUCAAUAAACCCACUUUUCCAAGGUG